GACUAUAGAGGAGCGCGAGGCGAGGAGGACAACAUCUCUGGAAAAAAACAAGGACAAGAAAUUUACCUCCAAUAAACAUGUUGGAUUCGCUCACAUUACUCCUGGAAAAAGUACUCUUCCUCACUCACCUCAAUGUCUUCAAUCAGUUCAGGACCAGUCUGUUUUUUUCAGACACACAGAGAGAGAGGGAGAAGAUAGUUACAAAUCACUGCGAGGAAGAGGAGGUCCCCGAUCCCUCCGCCUGCACCGCACUCACAGACUCCCUGUACCAGCGGGGAGAUUUGUUAGAAGUUCCCCGGACUCUAUUCACUCAUUUCGGCAUCUAUUUAGGGGACAACCGGGUGGCACAUCUGAUUCCGGAUAUCUUGCCACUCUUUACAACGGACAAGCUUUCCAUUCAGGUGAUGGUAACUAACAAACGCUUAGUUCUUGGCGUUCUAUCCAAGAGCGCCAGCAUCCGGGUGGAUACCGUUGAGGACUUUGCCUACGGCGCGUCAAUUCUACUGAACGCUAUGGACACUACCGUGCAGAAACGACCGUUGGAUGGCGAAGAGAUUGCGAGGAGAGCGGAGGAAAUGGUUGGGAAGAUACCGUACAGUUUACUGUGGAAUAACUGUGAACAUUUCGUUACUUACUGCCGGUACGGCAGCGCAAUCAGCAUUCAGACAGACAAGUUCUGUGAUUGGCUGAAAUCUGUCAUCCGGGAUCAUAGGAGUGUUCCGCUGACGGCGAUCCUGGGAAUGCUGUCUAUUCUCAGUCUGGGAAUGUCCCCUUACACCACGCUUCCCACCCUCCUCAUCCCCUUCACCCUCUGGAUGGCAGGCUGAUACCUGGGAAUGCUGUCUAUUCUCAGUC